AGACAGAAAAAAUGCUUGCCCUUUAGUUGAAGCAAAACCUGGCCAAAGACUCUUCUGAAGAAACUCAAGAACUUGAAUAUCAGAUAAAUACUCAGCACCAGAACUACAUUUGCAAGUGACGAAGAUCAUCACCAUGGCAUCACCAGCAGUGAAGUUUAUGUGGAAGACGAUCAAGUGGUUAUGGACAAUGGCAUAGUGCAAGUGUAUUUAUCCAACCCUGGUGGAUUUGUUACCAGAAUUCAAUAUAGUGGCAUUGAUAAUCUGCUUGAAACUCGUAACAAAAGUGGAGAUAGAGGGUACUGGGACGUUGUUUGGAGUGUAGCUGGAAGUACAGGAACCACGGGCACAUUUGAACGGAUUGUAGGAACAAGUUUUAGUGUGAUAGUGGAAAAUGAGAAAGAGGUUGAAAUCUCAUUCACAAGUAAGUGGGAUCCAUCUCUAAAGGGAGAGAAAGCACCUCUUAAUAUUGAUAAGAGGUAUGUGAUGCUUUCCAAUUCCUCAGGAUUUUACUCCUACACCAUCUUUGAACAUUUACAGGAGUGGCCUGCUUUCAACAUACCUCAAAUAAGGACUGUUUACAAACUUAGUAAAGAAAAGUUUCAUUACAUGGUGGUGUCUGAUAAUAGACAAAGAUUUAUGCCUCUCCCUGAUGACAGAUUGCCAGGAAGAGGGGAAGAACUUGUUCCACCAGAAGCAGUUUUGCUUGUUAAUCCUUUGGAGCCAGAGUUUAAGGGAGAGGUUGAUGACAAGUACCAAUACUCAAGUGAAAACAAAGAUCUUAUGGUUCAUGGAUGGAUAAGUUCUCAAUCUCAAACAGACCCAUUUGUAGGGUUUUGGGUAAUCAUACCAAGCAAUGAGUUUCGUUCAGGUGGCCUAGUAAAACAGAACCUUACUUCCCAUGUCGGCCCAAUAAGCCUAGCUAUGUUUCUGAGUGCUCAUUACGCAGGAGAAGAUAUAGUUCUGAAACUGCAACCAAAGGAGUCAUGGAAGAAAGUUUUUGGGCCAACUUUUGUUUAUCUUAACACUUUAUUAGAUGGUGAUGACCCCAAAGUGCUAUGGGAAGAUGCUAAAGAUAAGACGAAGGCAGAAGUUCAAAGUUGGCCCUAUGAUUUUCCAGCCUCCGAAGAUUUUCAGAAGUCUACCCAACGAGGCAGUGUCUGUGGCACAUUACUAGUCCAAGACAGGUUUUUGAGUGAUGAGUACAUAGUAGCAGAAGGCGCUUAUAUAGGAGUGGCAGCACCAGGAGAAGCUGGAUCAUGGCAAAGAGAAUGCAAGGGAUACCAAUUUUGGAGCAAAGCAAACGAGAAAGGAUACUUCUCAAUCGAGAAUAUACGCAGUGGGGCUUACAAUCUCUACGCAUGGGUUCCAGGUUUCAUUGGAGAGUAUUGGAGUAAUUUUCUCCUCACCAUAACACCAGGUUGUGAAAUUGAUGUUGGUGAGAUUGUUUUUGAGGCUCCAAGAGAUGGCCCAACAUUAUGGGAGAUAGGCAUUCCAGAUCGUUCUGCUGCUGAAUUCUAUGUUCCUGAUCCCAAUCCCAACUACAUCAAUAAGCUUUAUGUUCAUCAUCCAGACAAGUAUAGGCAAUAUGGGUUGUGGGAAAGGUAUGCAGAAUUAUACCCAAAUGAAGAUUUAAUUUACACUGUGGGUGUAAGUGAUUAUUCAAAAGAUUGGUUCUUUGCACAGGUCACAAGAAAGAAAGAAGAUGGCAGUUACCAAGGAACUACGUGGCAAAUUAAGUUCAACCUCGAUGACACAGAGGCAAGUAAAAUCUACAAACUGCGGUUGGCACUUGCAAGUGCAAAUGUGUCAGAAUUACAGGUUAGAGUGAAUGAUCCAGAACAAGACCCUCCUGUGUUUACUACAGGGGUGAUUGGAAAAGACUUUUCAAUAGCUAGACAUGGAAUUCAUGGACUCUAUUGGCUAUUCAACAUUGAUGUGUCUGGGUUUUUGCUAGUAAAAGGUGUUAACACUCUGUUUUUAACUCAAACUGUGGCAAAUGGUCCCUUGGCUCGCUUUCAGGGAGUAAUGUAUGAUUAUAUACGCCUAGAAGGUCCUAACCCUUUUGCUGCUAUAAAAGAGAAUUAAG